AUGAUUUCGGACUCACGGAAUUACGAUGAUAUCCUUUCCGAUGCCCGCUCGAAUUUGGUUCCCCUUAAAAGGAAAACCCUAGAUUGCUGCGAUUCGCGGAUCGGGAAAUUUUUGGAAGGCGUGAGAUUCGGUCACGACGAUUCCGCAGCGGCGGCGGAAUCUGCUGCCGAUCCGUUUUCCGCACCUAAUUUUCUGAGGAAUUUGCUGAUGCAGGAGUCCCGCGAUGAUGACGUCAGCAAGCGCCACCACAAGCUGGCCGUCAUCGCGACCCACGCCGUCAUGCUCGAGUGCGGCUUCGUGCCGUUCGACAAGGAAUCAAACGCCGUGGUCAGCGGUUUUCGCUCGCCUCUCGUAUGGCCCACGCGCCGCCUGUUCUACACUCUCCCGGAGAAAAACACCGCCCACGGCAAAUCGAUUCAGAACGCCGUUCUCGAAUUCCGGAUAUCCGGGGAAUAUUCCGUCACCGUUAACGGCAGACUGGAUAUGGAAACGGAGAAGGUAGGCAAUCACUCCGUACAAUUCAAAGAAGAUCAAUUGGCAACGUUUAUGAACAACGUUUUAGUAACGGACAGUAAUAACACUAACGGAGAAGAAGUUAACGGCGGUGCUGUGUAUAGAUUUUGGAAGCGCGUGAAGGACAACCUCGUGCUGCCUCUGCUGACGGAGUUACGCCAGGUGUCGUGUUACUGUCAGAAGUUACCAGUAGAUCUGAAGGUGGAGAUUCUAAAGUGGCUGUCAGCCGUUGAUUUAGCUAAGGCCACGUGUUUCUGCUACGAACUGAGUUCUAUAGCUUCGAGGGAUGACUACUUGUGGAAGAUAAAGUUUGUGCAGGAGUUUGGUGAUGUGGAUAAAGACACGUCGAAAUCGAUUGUAGAGUAUAAGCAAUAA